AUGGUCGGAGGGUUUGGGGGUUGUGUUGUGGUUUUGGUUGUCACCACUUUUACAUCAGUGAUCGCUGAAGAGGUUUUUGAUAGUAUUUCUAAUUCAACGAAUUCGACUCUAGAUGUAGAAUCAAAGCAGCAGCCCAACGACACCGUGGACAUACGACACAUGUUGUGGAGGAAGUGCGCGCUACAGUUGAGCCCCGUCUGUCUCAAGCUGACCCUGGUGCUGCUGGUAGACCGGCUAUCACAUGACACCUACCAGCCACUCUCUGGAGUCACCCUCUCCAGCAACCAGUCCAGCGCCUCCGUGGAGUCUCCAGCAGCCUCUAGCAGAGGUGAUAUGACCUUGGCAGACCGCCUGGACGAGCAUCUCCGUCACCGCGUCGUCUCGUACAUGCGAUCACUCACACUCACUGUCAAACCAUUCGACCUUCCUCUGGUCAACGGCACGAGCCUCUUUCUUGCAGUCAAUGAUAGUUCCACAGGACGCAAGAAGGACAGUGUAGGAGCAGGCGCUGUGGCACUGAUGAUGGGCGGUGCCAUGAUGACGAUGAUGAUGGCUGGGUUGGCAGCACUGGCAGGCAAGGCGAUGAUGACGUCUAUGAUGGCACUCAUGUUGGCAGCCCUGAGCUCCAUGAAGGGUGGGGGUGGUGGAGGCGGCAAGUCCACUACAUACGAGAUCAUCGCACAGCCUCAUCACUCUGACCACGGCUGGAGAAGAAGUGUAGACACGGUUCUACCCUUGAGAAGCUCCAGUCACUCUCCUGUACCCUAG